UGAUUUCUGAAAUUUUAACCCGAAGUUUCUCGCGACGAACUCGAUCGAGAUGUCCGAUUUCUUCGCCGUGACGUUGUUACGUCUCUUCGAUAUGUGUUUAGUUGAGAUGAUUUGAGAAAAGGUGGUGAGAAGAGAGGUUUAACAGUGAGAAAAUUAUUGGGAAGUAUUGUUUUGUUACGAAUGAAACGAUAUUCUUUCACGUCUCUGAGCAGAAAACUGUCUGUUCGAAACGCGGAAUGCUUGAAAAGUUUGGUCGAGAUUGAAUAACGAGACGAGAGUUUGAAACUGUUUAAGUGCGAAACGGUGAGAAAAAAAGUAAGAAGAGAGGAAACUUUCUUCGCGUUUCCACGUGUUUAAGCUUCUAAAGGCGGGGAUGGUUUAGCUUAGGAUGACAAAGUGAGCUCGGCGAUUAAGGGGAAUAACCUUGAAUAAAGUUCAUUUUACCCUCACGUGGGUGGUUUAAUUUGAGAUAAUAUGAUCGGCGGAAGCGAUGAUGAGGAAAUUCCGUUGUCCAGGGAAAGGAGCUUAAAUUGCAAAUGCUGAUGGAUCGAGGACACUGUCUAUCCACGUGGCGUCGGAUCUGUUCUGGAUCGGAAUGUAAUUUUAUCAAGUAGAUCCAUGCCAUCGUCGAACGAGGUUCAGGCAAAACAUCUUUCGACUGCGUCGAGUUCUCGAAUACCAUUCGCGCUAAUUAAUCGAACGUUGAGUGAACAUUUAAACGACUUAUCAUUCAAACAAUUUUCUUUUCCUUUUUCUUCUUCUUUUUUUUUUUUUUUUUUGACGGAACAUUUNNNACACUUGGAAGCGAAGCGGAAUAAUUUGAACGGAACUUUCUGCAUCGACGUUUUUAAAAAUAGAAUCCUUAUCGAUUAUCAAGUCGAGUUAUGACGAAAAAAAAAAAGGGAAUGGACACCGUGGAUUAUUAAAACGAGUCUUUAAUUGCCAAAAAACAAAAACGAGAUAGACAAUCGUUUCUCCCUUAUUAAUUGUACUUCGCACGAUUACACAGUUUGUCAUUCUCAAGAAUCUCCUCGAGAGCAGUAGACAAUCAAGAAAACGUAUAAUCCUUCACACCGGCGGAUUCAACAUCGAAGUUGAACAAUCUCUCGAUCGUAGACGUAUUAAACUAAAAAAAAAAAAGAAAAAACACGAGAAGAAUUCAAGUCGAAGAAGGCGCGAACACAGCCGAGCACGAACACGUCGAGGUGACUUAUGAUGGGCUGCAGACCGGCAGCUAAGUCGAAGGUGGAAGGGUGCGGUCGCGGGCAGCUCGAGGCGGCUUUCGCGUCGCCGAGGUGUAACGAGGUGACGAUCAUCGAGCUUCCCACCGAGAUCGUUCAGAAGCGAGAGGAUCGUUCAGGUCCGAGCGGCGCAGCCGGGGCGGAGGAGGAAGAGGAGGAAGAAGAGGUUGGCAAGGAGCGUGAUUAUAGCUCAGAUUGGGCGAGGUCGAGGCUCGAGUCGAGUUUCAACAGAUAGCUGCCUGCCAAGUGAGGAUGCAGAGGCUGCGCUCGACCUUCAAGAGGUCGCGCACCCCGACGGGAGCGGAAAUGAAGUCGCAGUCGAGCCUCGAGNNGCCGAAGCAGGUGAGGUCUGCCUCCUUCGACGAGAUCCAAUUGGAGGCUAAGCGGCACGACGACGGGAGGGACGCCAGGUCGACCAGGACCACGUCCUCCUCGUCCUCCUCCUGCUCACCCGCCAGGUCCCAAGACUCGUCCAGGGGUAGGCGAUCCGCGACUCUAAGAGUGCCCCAACUGCAGAGCGGCCAACGAUCCAAAAGCUUCGACGUGAGCGAGAGAGGUUAUGGAUCCUCCUCCAGCCAACAAUCGUCCCUGGGAAGGGACGUUCGACGCCCCGAGACGCCCACUAUUCAAGUCUCGGGCUGUUACCACUGUGCCUGCGUGGAGGAGUACAAGAGUCUUAACCUGAGCAGGGAUGAGGAUGAUCCUUCGUCGAGGGAGGAGCUCGAUGACGAGGUGGACGAGGGCGACGACACCUCAGGCGAGGACGACGAGGACUCCGAAUUGUUGGACAGGAGCGAGGGUAGCCCUGAGAUCAGGGUCACUUUGGCCACGUUCACCGAUAAGGAGCAGCCCGGUGAUCAGGUGAUCGAAACGACACCGCCGCCAUCGCCCACCGUGGUCCCGGAGAUCGUUCCCGAGAUGGUGCAGGAGGACACGUCGGAUAUCAGAGGCGGUCUAUUUGUCGGAUCGGGCAAAUGCAAGUUCGUCGUCAGAGAUAUCUUUCUCACCGUUCCUGAGCUGAAAAGGGAUAGGGCCGCGUCCGUCGACUCCUGCUUCAACAAUAAAAAUGGGCACAGCGAGGACACCGACACGUUGACUGUCCCUCAACAAAGUAUACGUUCGAAGAGCGUCGAUAUCGUUCUGCCUACCGAGGCGCAGACGAGAUACACGGCAUUGCUGCCCGGCACCGAGGCUCGACCUCCAAGAGGAGGGAGAGAGGAGGGUGGAACGAGUGGUGGUCACCGUGAACCCCGAUCAACGCCCGAUUGGGGUACUGGUGCACUUAAUGGAGAACAUCUUUGGGUACCGACGUCAGCUUCCGGCGACUUCUGUUACGUCAACGACUGUUCGAAACAUGGGCCCCGGAUGAAAUGCGCCGCCUGCCGAGUGGUUGCCCACGCGGUGUGUGCGGUGAGCCUAAAUUUCGCCUGUAAAUCGAGUUUCCGGGACGUUGGGGUCCGCCAAUACCGGGAACAGACAAACACUCUACACCACUGGGUACACCGCCGCUCGCAGAAGGGAAAAUGCGCGAAUUGCGGCAAAUCGUUCCAAUCGAAGCUUAGCUUCACAUCGAAGGAGAUCGUCGCUGUGAGUUGCAGCUGGUGCAAACUCGCCUACCACAACAAGGAGGCGUGCUUCAACGUUCAGAAGAUCGGCGAGAAUUGCGAGUUGGGCGUUCAUUCGUCCAUCAUAGUGCCGCCAUCUUGGAUUGUGAAGCUGCCCAGGAAGGGCAGCUUCAAGAGCAGCUUGAGAAAGUCGCCUAGGAAGAAGAAGUCUGGGGGUAGUAGUGGCAGCACGUCGAGCAGAAAGAAGUCGAAGGAUAAGGACAAGGAGCAAGAUAACAAGGAUCAGGGGAAGUUGUGGGUGGUGAAACCCAUACCCACGCCCACCGUGAAACCCGUGUUGGUCUUCAUUAACCCGAAAUCGGGCGGGAAUCAAGGUGCAAAGUUAUUGCAGAAGUUUCAGUGGCUGUUGAAUCCUAGGCAGGUGUUCGAUCUGACUCAAGGCGGACCCAAAAUGGGGUUGGAAUUAUUCAAAAAAGUUCCUAAUCUUCGAGUUCUCGCAUGCGGUGGCGACGGUACCGUCGGUUGGGUGUUAUCCAUCCUUGAUCAAAUCGGCGCAUCCCCACCUCCAGCGGUAGGCGUGCUUCCCUUAGGAACCGGAAACGAUCUGGCCAGGGCUCUAGGAUGGGGUGGUGGUUACACGGACGAGCCGAUCGGGAAAAUUUUAACAAACAUAGGAGAGAGCGAGACGGUGUUGCUGGACAGGUGGCAGUUGAUCGUCGAGAGGAAUCCUGACGCGCAGGGCGACGAUGAUAACGGAAAGGGCAAAGAGAAUCUACCUCUAAACGUCGUUAAUAAUUACUUUUCCCUCGGUGUGGAUGCUCAUAUCGCUCUUGAAUUUCACGAAGCUCGAGAGGCGCAUCCAGAGAGGUUUAAUUCACGGUUACGGAAUAAAAUGUUUUACGGUCAAAUGGGCGGUAAGGAUCUCGUGCGACGGAAGUGGAAAGAUCUAUCGGAAUUUGUGAUGUUGGACUGCGACGGUCAAGAUUUGACACCGAAACUGAAGGAGCAUCGUGUUCAUGCCAUAGUUUUUUUGAACAUCGCCUCGUACGGUGGUGGAACCCACCCUUGGGGCAGCGCGAGCGGAACCAAAGAACCAUCGACGGAAGAUGGACUGAUCGAGGUCGUCGGUUUGACCACGUACCAGCUUCCGCUUCUUCAAGCAGGUGGCCAUGGUACGUGCAUUGCUCAAUGCAGCACAGCUAAGCUGGUUACCACGAGGACCAUUCCAAUGCAGGUCGAUGGCGAGGCUUGUCGACUGUUACCAUCUAUCAUAAAUCUAAAAUUACUAAAUAAGGCAACAAUGUUAGCGAAACGAAGAAGUUCGAGCAAACCGCAACAAGACGUCAAACUGGAAAGAUUAAAAUUGCCGGUGAUGAAGAUCAAGAUGUCAGAUUACGAGAGAUAUCAUCACGAUAAAGAUAUGUUGAAAAAGUCCGCUAUCACGUGGAUUAUGGAACCUCUUGAUCUUGACGCUACCACAGAUUUAGAAUCUUUAAGAAAGAUCCUGGCGAAAGACUAUAACAUGGACACUUGUUGCUUCCUCGAUUCAUGCACUGCGGAACGAUUCUUCAGAAUCGAUAAAGCUCAAGAACAACUCCAUUACGUGACCGAUGUAGCUGUCGAAACGGUGUACGUUCUCGAAGAGAACGCAAAUCAAUCAAACGAAUCCGAAGAAUCGAAGAUAUCUGUGACUCAAAAAUCGGAAACUAACGUAUCAUCAAGCGAAGAACAAACAAAGAAAAGUGCAGCCAUGACAAAUGAGCAGCCCAAAGAAGAGCAAAAAGAGCAGCCCAACGAAGAGCAAAAAGAGCAGCCCAACGAAGAGCAAAAGGCACAACCUAAAGAAGAACCAAAGGCGCAACCUAAAGAAGAACCAAAAGCACAAGCAGAUACGGAACCGCAGAAUGCAUCACCUGAAACAUCAACUGAAAUAAAGACAGAGGUCGUGACUUCGAAAUCUCAUGAACCGAUGAGUAAUAACACAUCUAAGGAUGUAUCUCCAAAUAUGAAAAAGGAGGAAAACAUAUCUGCAGAUGCGACCAAACAAAGCAGUUCCUCAAAAUCGAUCUCUGCGACGGUUGCCUCUCAGUCGCAACAUCAAGCACCACCCACCUUCAUUAGUCCACGAGAUAGACUUUUUGGUUUGAGUUCUGAGGUUCACACCUUUAACACGGGAUUAUUGGAGAAAACCAGUGAUGGUAUUUUGAAAGCAGCAAAAAUAGGCGAUCUACAAGCUUUGAAGGAACUUCACGAGAAAGGAUAUUCCCUUUUGUCAAUCGACUCCACUGGACAAACUGCUCUACACUUGGCCUCGAGAUAUGGCCAUAAAAAUAUUGUCAGAUAUCUCAUCGCUUGUGCACCACCGACUAUUCUGAAUAUGAUCGACAAUGACAAAGGUCAGACCGCUCUGCACAAAGCGGCUCAAUAUAAACGUCGUUCCAUUUGCUGCAUGUUGGUAGCUGGUGGUGCUACUUUAAUCAUCAAGGAUCGACACGGCAACUCACCUCGCGAUCUAGCCCUACAAGCAGAGGACCGUGACCUCGCAGCGUAUUUAAGCAGUCAAGAGCAGUUCCAGCUGACAACGGAAGAAAUGGAGAACUCCCUCUGACCUCCGCCCUUAAUUAGUAGGGCUUGAAUUGAUCCAGUGUGUAGGAACAUCAAGAGAAAUGAUCCAGGUGUGAACGAACAACGAUCGUCACCAACAACGGUCAUCAUAUGAUACACGUUCGUUUUCUCUGUUUUUUGCGUAAGUCGCAUGUGAUAACUCGAUUAUUCCUUUUAUCGGCAAAUUAGCGAUGUCGACGUAUAUUUAUUAAGGUGCUCUCCAUUUCCUUUCUCGUCGAAGCUUCGAGAUCCCUUUCCACGAGCAUGUAAAUUAAUUACAUUCUGUAUAGAUAAAUUACAUAUACACAUAACACGUAUAUACGCGUGUCGUGAGAUUAGAAAUUUUUCGAUCGAUUAAGAACCUCUAUACAUAUAUACAUAUAUAUAUAUUUUUAAAUCGUACUUCAAUUAGACGAGAAAAUUAUUUAUUAUUGUCUUUUAAGUCUCGUCUUACCAACGAAGAAAUCACAUAAAUGUUUAUAUUCACCGAUUUUUUUUGAAUUGAAAUUAAUUAUAACAAUAAGAAUGCCGAAAAAUAACACGCGUGCGGAUGAAACAGGAAUUAUCGGCAAAAGAAUUUUGCUCAUUCGGGAUAUUGCUGUUAUAAAAAAUCGUAUUCGUAUCGUAUGAAUUUUAAAAAUAUAAAAAUUUUCUUAGAAAUGACCCAAGAAGAGAAACCGAAUUAGUGAGAGAUUAGGAUUAAAGGAAAAUGAUUUAAUCGGAAAUUUAAUUAUAGUUAAACAUCAUAAAGACUAAUCUUCAUUGUAUUCUCGUUUAUAUGAUUUUUAUUUUAUAUUUUUCUACGUUUCCAUUUCUAAAUAUUACGACAGAUUAUAAAUAUUUGACAGAUUAUUAAGUAAAUUAUCUCUAUUGUAUUUGAAUUUGUAGCGUUGUUGUUCCAUAAUAACGUAGACACAGAUUUUUACAUUUUUCGCGACUAGUGGCGCCAUCAUCUUCCUUAAAUGCGAAGGAUGCAUAAGUAUAUAGGGUUAGUGUUCACAGAGUUGGGCAGAAUUUUUUCGUUCCAGUUAUUUAGAUCAUUGAGACUAUUAGAGGAUCGUUGAUUCACGUUAGAAAUUUAUUUUUAUGCACGUUGUGCGCAUUGUUACGAUCGUUGUUCGGAUAAGAUUUUUUCAUUUUCGAUUCGAAGAGGUUAUUCGUAAGAGGUGUAUUCGAAAAAUUUUGUUAUAAUCGCGUGAUAAUCAGAGGAUGAAGAUGAAAUAUAUUUAUCGCCAUGGUUAUUUGUUGAAUUUUAUCGAAGAGAAAGAAGUUCUAUCCGACUCUGCUGGUAUCUCCAAGCGUUCACUUUAAUAUCUCGUUAUAUUGUUCUCUCCGCUUGUUCUAGGAUACCUCGUUGCAUUGGAUAUACAUAUCUUUUUCUAUAAAAAAAA